AUGGAGGACCUCAUGGCGGACUCGCACGGCGGGCGUAGCGGGGAGGCGCGACGGGCGGCACGGCAGGCCGGAGGAGGGUGGGCUGCACGGCGUGGGGAGGAGGGCGGGCGGCGCGGCUGGGGAAGAGUUCAAUCUCAAAGUCUUUGGUACCAUGCCAGCAAACAACACACUAUUUUUGUUGACCAGGUAUUUGAUUUGUUUGACUCAAAUGAGACUAAGGGACUUGAAUUUGAGGAAUUUGCACGUGCUCUUUCGGUCUUCCAUCCUGACACCCCUAUUGAUGAUAAGAUCAACUUUGCUUUCAGACCGUAUGAUAUAAAAAACCAAGGCUUCAUCGAAAGACCAGAGCUGAAGCAAAUGAUUGAGGCAACCCUUGCCGAGUCAAAUGUAAAUCUUUCAAAUGAGGUUAUUGAAAUCAUCAUUGACAAGACUUUUGAAGAAGCAGAUACAAAGAAAGAUGGGAAGAUUGAUUUCAAGGAGUGGCACAGUCUUGUCAUGGAACAUCCUUCUCUGCUGAAAAAUAUGACACUCACAUACCUCAAGGAUAUCACCAUGGCAUUUCCCGAGUUCAUCUUCCACUCACAAGUGAGGGAAUCAGAAUGA